AAAUCAAUCUGCCUUUCUCCUCAGGUGGGAGCAGAGGAUGCUGGGGGAAGUGGGGAGCAAGGCCUGGGGAGGUGUGUUUGGAGGGGGUUUCCUGGGGGCGGUCUAAGGUGGGGGCAGCUCAGAGCACUGCAGCCAGGGCCAGGAGCUCAGGGAGCGGGACUGUCCGGUGCCAUCAGCGGUUCCCCUUUGUGCCAGGGCCACUGCUCCCACUGCUCCCAGCUAUUCAUUCUCUCUGCCGACGCACGCGCCCUGCGUGGCCAUGAAGACCAUGCUGCUCCUUGUCCUGGCUCUCUGGGUGGGGUGCUGCCCGGGAGGGGCCCUGGCUAAGAAGAGGCCGAGCCUGAGAGAGCCCAUGGCCCCACCAACCCCCACGGGCUUGCCCUCCCUGCAGCUGCUGCUGCCCGUCAUGCCUGGGCGUCCCGAUGGGACCCCCCACCACCGUGGCCCAAGGGGCUGGCGACAGAAGAAGGACUGCAAUCGAGGCUGCGGUGGCAGCAGCAUCCUAGACACCGCAGGCCGUGGGCGGAGAAGGCCCGGAAGCAGGCGAAGGCAUAGGCAUGGGCCUGCGGACCCAGGCACCAUGGAGCAGCCCAUGCCCUCCCUGCCAGCCUCAUGCGUCCUGGCCCAGGCGGCCAUCGCCUGUGGCAAUGCCAAGAUGAAACACAUCCCUGCCCUGACUGACCCUGGCCUGACCACGCUCUACCUGGCAGAGAAUGAAAUUGCCAAGAUCCCAGCCCACACGUUCCUGGGGCUGCCCAACCUGGAGUGGCUGGACCUGAGCAAGAACAAGCUGGAUGCCCGAGGCCUGCACCCUGGUGCCUUCAAGAAUCUGACGUGGCUAAAGCGGCUGAACCUGGAUGGAAACCGGCUGUCCACUGUGCCGGCCUUGCCCGCCUCGCUGCAGGAGCUCAAGCUGAAUGACAACCACCUGCAGGGACUGCAGCACAGCAGCUUCCAGGGGCUCAGCCAGCUGCUGACGCUGGAGGUGGAAGGAAACCAGCUGCAUGAUGGGAACAUCUCCCCCCUGGCUUUCCGGUCCCUGAGCAGCUUGCUAUACCUGAGGCUGGACCGGAACCGGCUGCGGACCAUCCCGCCAGGCCUACCAGCCUCCCUGCAGGAGCUGCACCUGGAUGCCAACGUCAUCGAGGAGGUGACAGAGCGCACACUGAACCGCAGCUGCAGCCUCAGCGUGCUGGUGCUGAGUAACAACCGGCUCCAGGAGGACCGGCUGGCGCCCCGAGCUUGGAUUGACCUCCCGGAGCUGGAGACCCUUGACCUGUCCCACAACCGACUUGUGCACGUCCCCUCCUUCCUGCCACGAGGCCUCCGGCGCCUGCUGCUGCACCACAACCACAUUGAGCGCAUUCCCGGCUACGUGUUCGCACACAUGAAGCCGGGCCUGGAGUUCCUGCACCUGUCCUACAACAGCCUGCGCGCUGACGGCAUCCAUGACGUGUCCUUCUGGGGCCUGCGCACCUCCCUGGCAGAACUGCUUCUGGAUCACAACCAGCUGCAGGCCAUCCCGCGAGGCCUGCUGAGCCUCAAGGGGCUGCAGGUGCUGCGUCUGAGCCACAACAAGAUCAGACACGUGCCCCUGAAUUCCAUCUGUGACACUCGAGCGGCCCAGGACUCCAACCUCAUCUCCACGCACCUAGAGAACAACUUCAUCGAUAGGCGCCGUAUCCCACCCACCGCCUUUUCCUGCAUCCGGGCCUACCACAGUGUGGUCCUCCAGCCCCAGCAGGGGGAGGGGGAAGGCUCCUAGACCUCCCUCCUGCUGGGCUCCCCCCUCCCUGAUCCUUUGGGGCUGGAGAAAGGGGCUCAGGCCCAGGUCCACUUAAUCUGUGCACCACUUAGAGAAAGAUCUAGAACACCCUGAUUCUUCCAUGGACUGCUGAGGCCCCUUCACUUAGUAACCAGCCCGGUGAGGUGCAGCGCUGGUUCGGACUUGAACGUAAUAAAUGUGUCUUCUGCAAGCCUCCCCCCACCCACCCUCCAUCUUGGAUCGAAGCCACGUGCGAAUGCUGGAUGUUCACUGUGUGGAGUCCCCAGAGCCCACAUCCUGGACAUUGCUUCAUCAGCAGGGGGUUGAGAAUGCCUGAUUCUGGAAGCUUCUCCAAGAGCCUCCUCAUCCUCAUCUGCCCUGGCCAGGGUCCUGAAGUCCCCAAGCCAUCUGGGGGCCAGGCUGGCCUCUGUUGCUCAGAGCAGCAUCAGUGCCUGUCAUCCACGAAGCAUCCUGUCCAAGGGGUGGGUGGGGGAGAAGAAGAGAUGGUCUUAGCUUGCAGAAUAGGCUGACAUGGAGGCCUGUGAUGCUGGCCCUUUGUCCUGGAGCUGCCCACAUCUACCACUGCACCCAGGCCAGGGACACCUUGCUUCACCCUCUUCCCCUGUUCAAGGUCCCCGGGCCCUCCUCCUGAUUCCCCCAUCCCAGGCACACACCCAUCCCCAAGCUAGCCUGUGGGUUCCCAGCUCCCCCAGGCAACCAAGGCUGUGGGAUCCAGAUGUCCCCGGUGCAACCUGGUGCCAGGGAAGGGUGGGGAGUGGCAUCUGCUCAACAACUCUUGGGAAAGGAGUGCUUGGUCUCUGGGAGGCCAGGCCUGGCCCUGGGGA